AUGUAUUAUUCAUCGCCACAAGGGAUUGUUCAGGGAUUCAUAUGCCCAUUUUGCAUGGCUGAUCUUGGCGACUUCCCACGUCUGCAGAACCAUGUCAACACAGUUCAUCCCGAGAGAAAGCAAGACCUCACAGAUACGGUCAUUGACAACGUUAAGGGGUUUUUUGACAAAGCGAAAAGAGGUAUGAAGAUCCUAGACGCCAAAAUGACUGCCGAAUUAUCACAGUACUUCAAUAAGGUUCGUGAUUCCUCGGUCAAUGAAAGUGCUGUCAGAACAAAUAUGCUAAUCAUUCGCCUUGAUCGCCUCAUCAAUGAGUGCCCAUCAGAUCCUUUGAGAAGAAAAGAGUUUGAGAGAGAAGUCGUUCCGUGGUCGGCUGACUCUGAGUCACUACACUGCACUCGGUGUGCGGCUAAGUUUGGUCUCGCUCGGCGACGUCAUCACUGUCGUCUCUGUGGGCGUAUAAUGUGCCAUCAAUGCAGUCAAUUUCUAUCGUUUCUUUCUGCUAAAAUGUUGGAAACGGACAGCACUUCUACGUCCGACACAGUUUCAUCACACAGUCGUCGUCUGUUGGAAAUGACGCAGAAAACAACUGAGAAGGUUGUAUCGUUCAUUGAAGGAGCUGUUUCGAAAAUGCAGACGACCACGGAUGGCAGUGAAGUCAGUCUGGGCUCUCUACUCCAGCAGGAUGCUCAGGAAUGCCUCCGAGUAUGUGGUUCAUGUAUGACUGAUCUUAGUAGACGAGAACAGAUGAUGGAGCAACGAAAUCCACCGGUUCUGGCUGAACAGUACGAGACUCUUGAUCGUAUGAUUGCCGAUGCCUCAGCUAUGGUACCGAGUUACACGCGAAUGUCCAAGAGUAUCAAUCAACGAAUUGCCGCUGAUGCAGAAAAGGAGCAUUGUGGAGUGAAAGAAGCGCAGUUAAGGCGAAAUAUCCGACUUGCUAGUGUUCAAGCUCUCCAGGUGUGCUCUUUGUUCCCUAGUGUGACUUUACCUUUCAGUACAGUAAGCAGUGUUUUGAGACUAAAAAACUUUCGGGGAAACUUCCAGAUAGAAGUUCUUGUGAAUUUUAGGUACCUAUCACAAGCAGCGACGGCUGGCCGUCUAGAAGAAGUUGAGAUUUUAGAACGAAAUUUGAGAUACCUUGAAGAUGAGAUGUUUAAGAUGGGGUUAAUAUCACCAACAUGA